UCUUACUGCAAAAGGCUUCGAACAACCCAUUCAUAUAUUCCUUCUUCUUAUUCUGAAUCUGAACCCAAGGAGCACGAUGUAUUCCUCAGUUUUAGAGGUGAAGACACCCGCAAUACUUUUACCGACCAUCUAUAUCAGGCUUUGGUUGAUAAAGGGAUUAGCACCUUUAAGGAUGAUGAAAAAAUUGGGAUUGGAAAACCCAUUUCCCCGGAACUCUUGCUUGCAAUUGAGAGGUCGAGCAUGGCAGUCAUCGUGUUGUCAAGAAAUUAUGCAUCUUCGACAUGGUGCUUACAAGAACUUGCAACAUUUAUUGAAUGCAUGAAAGAGUGGGAGAUGAGAGUUUUGCCCAUUUUCUACCAUGUGGAUCCUAGUGAUGUGCAACAUCAGACGGGCACUUUUGCCGAUGGCUUUGCCGAACAUGAGAUACGUUUUGAGAAGGACUUAGAGAAGGUGCGAACAUGGAGUAAUGCUUUGAGAGAAGUGGCUAAUCUCACCGGAUGCCACUUACAGAAUGGUUUCUUCAAUCCUUACAGGCGUGAGUCGGUGUUUAUCAAAACCAUUGUUGAUAGUAUAUCUCGUGAAUUGAGUGAUACACUCUCGAUUGUUGACGAGGAUAGCCUUAUUGGAAUAAAAUAUCCAAUUAAGGAAUUAUUGGAUUCGCAUCUAAAAACAUGUGGAGAUCAAGAAGUGCGCUUUAUAGGAUUAUGCGGGAUGAGUGGGAUAGGCAAGACAACUCUUGCACGAGUUGUAUUUCAAAGAAUCCGUUUGAAAUUUCAAGCUUGCAGCUUUCUCGAUAAUGUCAGUGCAGAACGUAAUGUGGAUGCUUUGCUAGAAAAACUCCUUUCUGACAUGAAGUUGAGGAGUGAAAAAGAAAAGUGGGAUGGAAGGGCGGUGAUAAAGAAUAGACUGCGUUCCAAGAACGUUCUUAUUGUUCUUGAUGAUGUUGACAAAAUAGAACAAUUAGAAACAUUAGUAGGGAACUGCAAUUGGUUCGGCAAGGGGAGUAGAAUUAUAAUAACCACAAAAGAUAAGCAUUUGUUGACAAGACAUGGAGUUCCAAAUGAAAAUAUAUACAUGGUUAAAGGAUUGAAUGAAUAUGGUGAUGAUCUUGAUUUGGAGCUCUUUUGUCGAGAAGCCUUCGGCAAACCCGAUUGUGGAAUAGAUUUUUUGGAUCUAUGCAAGGAUUUUGUACACGUAUGGCAAAGUGCUCGAGCUAAAUUAGAAGCAAUUCCUAAUAAGGAUAUUCUGAAAAAACUCCAGAUUGGGUUUGAUGCACUCGAGGACACAGAGAAAAAAUUAUUUUUGGAUAUUGCAUGUUUCUUUAAUGGUGAUUACAAAGAUCGAGUAAUAGAUCUACUAGAAGGUUUAGAUUGCUACCCUACCAUUGAUAUUGAAACUCUUGUUGACAAAUCUCUCCUUAUUGGUUCUGGAAAAAGAUUGUGGAUGCAUAAUUUACUACAAAAAUUGGGUUGGGAAAUUGUUCGUUGUGAACACCGUCAGAAUCCCGGAAAAUGGAGUAGAUUGUGGCUUUCUGAUGAUAUCCUUCAAGUGCUAAAAGAAAAUACAGGAACAUAUAAAGUCGAUGGCAUAAUGUUAAGUACCUCGUCUCCACACCAAGAAGAAGACUUGAAUCCUGAAGCCUUUUCACAGAUGAAUAAACUUAGAUUAAUUAAAAUAUGUGAUGCGAAUCUUCCACGGGGCCUCAAUUCUCUCUCUAACGGGCUACAACUAAUCGACUGGCACAAAUAUCCUUUGAGGUCCAUACCGGAGAGUUUUCAACCUAUCAAUCUUGUUGAACUCAUUAUGCAUUGCAGCAACUUUCUGCAAUUACCAGUGGCUUUUCUUAAUUUAAACAAGUUGAAAGUCAUGGACUUCAGUGGCUCUGAAAACUUGUUGAUGACUCCUGACUUCUCUGGAUGCCCAAGUCUUCAAAGGUUAAUUUUUGAAGGUUGCACAAGAUUGUAUGAAGUUCACCCAUCUAUUGGAGCUCUCAAUCAGCUCAUUCUAUUAAAUCUCAAAGAUUGUAAAUGUCUGAUUAGGCUUCCGCAUGAGAUCAACUUGGAAUCAUUGAAUCUUUUGAUCUUAUCGGGUUGUUCAAAAUUUGAUAAGUUUCCAAAGAUUGGACAGAAUAUGAAGCAUUUGUCCGAGCUUUAUUUGGAUGGGACUGCCAUUGAGGAACUCCCAUUUUCAAUUCAAAAUCUUGAUGUCCAGACAUUACUAAAUCUUGAAGGGUGCAAGAAGCUUUUGAUUUUUCCGAGUGUCAUUUGUUGUUUACCUACUCUUAAAACUCUCAUUCUCUCUGGAUGCAAAGGUCAACCUCCUUCCCCUGUUUUAUUUUCAAUUGGUGCUCCCCUCACCUUGUCAUUGCCUAGCUUGUUUUUUGGGUUGACCUCUUUAGUAGCUCUUGAUCUAAGUGACUGCAAUCUUUUGGAUGGAGCACUACCCGACGAUCUUAGUGGCUUAUCCUCCUUGGAAUCUCUGAAUUUGAACAGAAAUAGUUUCACACGCUUGCCACAGAGCAUUUCUCAGCUUCCAAAGCUUAAAUUUCUUUAUUUGGAUAAUACUUCACUCCAAAAUACUUCACUCCAAAAUUAUUCCAAUCAAGUUGUAGUGUUGACUUCAAGUGGAGGAGAAUUCACUGUUAUUAACUGCCUUAGCUUGGUCUCCCGUGAAGAAGACAUUCUAAGUGAGGAGCAAAUUCAUGAAAGUGAAGAAUAUCAUGGCAUUUCUCAGGGUGGAAUUCCAAAGUGGUUCAAUAAAGAAUAUGGGUCAUCAAUAUCGAUCCUGUUACCAUGCGAUCUCUCGAAAGAUAGUAGUUGGAGAGGAAUUGUGUUGCAUACAGUACUGCUAGAUGCUGAUGUUUGUGGAGUUGAAACUUUGCUUGAUGCCUCGAAUAAUGCGCACGAGUUGAUCAUGUGUAGCUUGGACAUAGAUGGAGGUCUUGCAACUUGUUCCGAGCAAAUUCAUGAAAGUGAAGAAUAUCAUGGCAUUUCUCGGGGUGGAAUUCCAAAAUGGUUCAAUAAAGAAUAUGGGUCAUCAAUAUCGAUCCUGUUACCAUGCGAUCUCUCGAAAGAUAGUAGUUGGAGAGGAAUUGUGUUGCAUACAGUACUGCUAGAUGCUGAUGUUUGUGGAGUCGAAACUUUGCUUGAUGCCUCGAAUAAUGCGCACGAGUUGAUCAUGUGUAGCUUGGACAUAGAUGGAGGUCUUGCAACUUGUUCGGAUCGUGUAUAUCAUAGGUGUUAUCCUCCAAGUAAAAUUUUGGAGUGGUUCACCCAUCGGAGCGACGACUCCCUUGUGACAAUCCCUCUACCUCCAAAUGAUCGUACUUCUUGGAUUGGACUUGCUCUUUGUGCUUCUCUUUUAGUGCCAGUGCAUUCAAGUAACGCGGCUGACAAUCUGCUUGCUGUGAUGAAGUGGCUUGCAUGGUGUGUUGCUGUGAUGACUGUAUUGCUUGAUUUAAUAUUCCCCCGCAAGAUGGAGAGUGGAGGAGACAAGAGAGUGACCAAGGAAGACACAAUAGCCUGUUGUGGAAUGCCUAGUGUCGGGACAUAA